UGGCCGCCGAGUGUCAUUCGCCUGCGCGUCCUAUCUCAAGUCGCGUGAUUUUGCCGCGGCGCGGAACGGACACGCGUGCCCCCGUAUAAUAGACAAAUACGCGCCUAAUAUAUUCACUGCCUCACGGUCUCUCGAUAGCAAUUUCGGAAACUUCAUCUCUGAACAUAUAUUUCACCGCUCCCGAAAGAAAAAAUGACUGCAUCGUUGCGCUUUCCAUUUCUACAAUAGGAGAAGAGACCUGGAUUCACCAUCUUACUUAAUCGAAAAAAAUCUGAAAAAUUUCUACGCGUGGACGCGAAAACAUGAAAAGCGCGCGUAGCAAAACCAACAUAUAACCGAGACAGUUUCUGAUUCAAUUGAUUCAAGUAUUUAAUGUUACUUUAGACAUUGCAGUUUUGCUGCAUUUUAUUUUUGCACACACAUUUCGACGACCAACGAUUUUUGUGGACCAACUUAUUUGUGAUAUUUUAUGAGAAAAUUUUAAUAUCAAAGAGGCGUUUUGCAAUUUAAUUGGCGAAAUUUCAGACACGCCGAGGACCAAGUAACAUUCUACUAGUCGAGAGUAGACGAGAGAGACUUGUGACGCGCAAGAAUGUUCAAUCUCUAUCAGAGUUUAAACAAGAAGGAUGAGGGCGACGGAGGACAACGGAGCCGUGAAUCCGAGGUGACCGGUCACGAUCGGUUCUGUCAGCAUCGCAGCACCGGUCAUUCGAGCACCCGACGUCGCCGUCGCGCCGUCAAUCGGAGAACGCAGAGCGCAACCGAGCUGAACACUCGAGCGAUAAGCUCGGCACGGGGAUCGUUGCGACGCGGUUGCAGCGUCAGCACCGAAGACGAGAACGAGAGCGAAGACGACAAGGGUCAUCAGCUGGCGAACAAGCUGGACAGUCUGGCGCGGCUGCUCUUCAGCCGCGUGUCGGUUGCACGAGGAUACAAGGAUCAGGGUGACGUCAAGAACGGGCGUUACACGGCGCUGAAUCAUGGAUCAAAAUCUGUCAGCGAAGACGGAGUCGAGUACAUGGAAAUGGAAAAGAGAUCCCGUGAUCGUGCUUUGUCGAUCUGUCGAGACUAUAUCGAAAAAACGCCGCGGUUCGCUCUCAUCAAACAGCUUAAUAAUAUUGGAUCAAGGGUAGAUAAAUAUUGGUUUAUGGUAAGAGAUACAUCAUUGAAGACAGAUAGACUGUUGACCCUAGUGCCGCUAAGUCGGAAUUGUCCGCUGACCACUUGUCCCUCCACCAAAGACAUUUUGAAUAAUCUGUUCCUGGCUUUACAACAUCCGUAUGUUUGUCCUGUUUUUCACGUUGAUUUUCUCGAGUACGAAGAUCAAAUUUAUAUCGUGCUGAUGCAACCUAUUAAUCAGGGAAGCCUCAAGGACUUGAUAUACGGCAUCGAACGGAACUGCUGGAACGAGGAUUGGUCUCACAAAUAUGCCGCGCGAGGUAAAGGGCUCACGUUGCCGCAAGUGCAACGUAUGGGGCGACAAAUAUUGGAAGCGCUAAUGUUCCUGAAGGAACGAGGAUUUCCUAUUGUGACACAUCUCCAUUCGGGUAACGUUGUGAUCCAAAAUGGCGUUGCCAGAUUGGCUGGUUUGGAGAACACCCUUCUGGGUUUUACAAGUCGCAUACAUCCUGUCGUAACGUCUCGAUUAACGCACACUACUUCUAUCGAUAUUAUAUGUUUCGGACAUAUGCUGUUUGAAAUGUGUGCUGGUUACGAAUUGUUGACCUUCAGACCGUCCACCGUCCAACUAUCAGACAUCGAAAUGUAUCCUCAGGUCGUGAGAUUUCUCGAAUUGAUAUUCACAGAGGUAGAAAAUCACUUCGUUAGCAUAGAAGAGUUGCUGAUUCACGAUCUCUUUAGAAAUAUUGAUCUCCGCGAAAUACGAUGUGCGGCCGUAACUGUAUUUCGUCCGACCCUAACGCCCUCCAUAAUGAAUCUGCUGGAUAGUAUUAAACGACAAGAUACCGCAAAAGGAAUUACUAAUAUCGACAGCGCGGAUGCUACGUCGUUGAACAGCUUUGAAUAUGAAGAUUCUUUACUUACACAGAUACGCAACGAGCUUUCACAAAUAGCUUUAUAAUGUGGGAACAAGAUAUACGUAUAUUUUAUCUCGAAUAUGUGUGAACACACAUUCCUAUAUAUGUAUUUGCAAAGUGCCAAGAAAAUGAUUUUUGUGCUAAUUUCAAUAUGUAUGUGCGAAAAAAGUACAUGUUGAAAAAUUUAUACAUCGAAGAUACAGUAUCGAUCUGGUUUUGUCGCGUUUGACGUAUUUGUGUUCAAAUCAAAUGAUAAAAAGAAAAAAUUUAUUAAUAAUUCUUUUUUAUCUCACUCACACACGUACACACACACACACACACACAAGUAAUAAUCUUAUAGAAACAGAACAUUUUUCAAACUCGUAUAUUGUACGCCUGAAAAAAUUCGUCUCUUGAACUUAUUAUUUUAAAUUAUAUUAAGAACUAUACACAUAUGUGAGUUACAAAUAUAUUGCAAUAAAGGAAAGUGGAAAAAGCGCAAAAAAAAAAAAAACUAACAUCAUUUGUUUACAUCAAUUUUUUUUAUUACUCAUGCUUAAAACGAGAAGUAGAAAAAGUACUUGACAAUCCCAUCCUAGAUUUACUUGAGCUUCCGCUGUGACAGAGAAAUAGUACCUUCAUAUGUGAAAAGACUGUAAUUUCGUAUAAACUAAUAGUUUAUUUUGGUCUAGCUAGUCAAUUAGCUUAAGAUAUCUUUAUCGAUUUUUGUUAUAAUAGUUUUAUCUCGCUUUUCUUUUGCAAGUGUCUUUUAGAAUUAUCUGCUGAACAAAUAUGAAGUAUCCGUUUAGUCAGAACCAUAUAAAAUGUACGAAUCUUAACAAUUAUGCACAUUUUGUUUUUCAAGAUUGACUUGCGAAGAGUCCAAAAACAAAAAGGAACAAUAAAAAUGUUUUUAGCACACAAAUAUUUGUUGGAAAAUUCAUGUAUAAACUUAAUGCUUAAAGACAAGGAAUAGUGUUCCUCGAAUUGAAAAGAGUUCGUUUUUUUUCUGCCACACAAGUGGUUUCAUGUGUGAUCACAUUGAGUUGUAUUUUAACAUGACAUAGCACAGUAAUGUUCAGUUCUCGAUGAUCGGUGGACGACUCGGAAUAAUUUAAUAAAUUACGUCCCACGUUA